UGUAAGCGAAAAACCUUUCACUUUCAACAGAGGUUGCAAACAGCAAGGUCACAUCGGGUGAGCUGCGGUUUAAUUAUAUUACAAAAAAAAUCAAAUGGAUUGUCACAGUGAGAAAACCAGUCUGCCUUUUUCGAUUGACAAUAUUUUACGAGACGAUUUUUCCCAGCGACGACCAAGAAAUAUUCCAAGUAUACCAUCGAACCAGUCAAGUUUUGAGAGAUGUCCAGUCACUCCAAUUUAUCGAUACUGUGCGGUUCGCUAUUGCCCAGUGGUGAUGCACUUUCUGCCGGGCUUGCACAGAGUUGGCGCAAGAUUGCACAGAGUAAAUGCAGACAAACGACUGCUCUUUCAAGAACAGCCUAAAGACACUGAAGAAGAAUGCUUGAAGUGCGAAGAUGACGAGCCCCCUCAGGGUGAGUAUGAAAGCAAGAACGAACAGGCUGAAGUGGAAGCCAAAACAGAAAAGUGCUUGAAAGUAAACACUUUAAAACGAAAGCGGCGAAAUCGCAGCCAUUUCACCCAGCGUCAACUCCAAUAUCUGGACAAGAUAUUUUCCCGCCAACAGUAUCUGACACGCGACGAGCGCACGUUAUUGGCGAGGGGCCUGGAAAUGACUGAACUUCAGAUCAGAAACUGGUUUCAGAACAGGCGAUACCAGAAAAAGCAUUGCGCCACAAAGAGUACCAAACAGGAUGAGCCGGCUUGCUUGAAAAGCGAAGACUAAAACUGUCUAAAUUAGCAAGGGUUUAAAAAAGUGCAAACUGAAAAACAAAAUGUUUUGUAAAAUAAACAGGAAAAAGCAAGUUGGAUGUACGAAGGGUCACGUGAUAGAGCUGGCUCCUCCAAAAACGAUUCGUUCUUAGCCGGCUAGAAACGAAAUAUCAGGAUGACAGUGUAAUCGACAUGUGUGGCGACUACAAGAAAAAAACGUUGUAAUCAGGAAGACUUGUGCUGAGUUAAAAAAAAAAAAAAAGAAAGAAAGAAACUAAAAUGUUGAACUAAAAAUGAAAACGCAUUCGAGGGUUUCAGUUUUCUAUUAUAAAAUUAUUUAUUAUGCUAUUUAUAAGCUGGAGCAGGAUAUAAUUGAUGGUGUUGGUUGAUUUUGUUGACGAAAAAGACGAACAUAUAGUAUUGGUCAAACCGUUAUUUUUAAAACUUGAGAAGCAUAACAACCAUAUACGUGUAAAUAACGAAAGAUAUAUAGUUAUAGCAAAAAUAAUUUGAAUGGGUAUUUAAUAAAAAAAGAGACACUAGUUAAAAUGAGACUUCA